AGCUCACGUCCUCAUAAAAGAGCAGCAGUAGGCGGCGCGUCAGCGAAGGGCUGCACACUUUUGAUGAACGCUGACAACGAGCUCUGUUUUCAACCUGGAAAUAACAGUUUCACAGUACAGUAGUCUGUUGGGUGGGGCAGUUCAGUGAGAAAAUGUCCAAGUUAUUCCGGGCUGUUAUUAUGGGUCCACCAGGCUCGGGGAAGGGGACCAUCUCGGAGAGGAUCGCGCACAAUUUCGGCCUCAAACAUUUGUCCAGUGGAGAUUUUGUUCGUGAAAACAUCUCUGCAAAAACUGAUGCUGGUAUUUUAGCAAAGACGUAUAUUAAUAAAGGACUGCUGGUUCCAGAUCAUGUGAUGACACGUCUUUUGUUGCCUCGACUGGAGGAGAUGACCAAAUACAGCUGGCUGUUAGAUGGUUUUCCUCGGACACUGGCACAGGCUGAAGCUCUGAACAGUUCCUGUGAUCUGGAUGUAGCCAUUAACCUCAACAUUCCUCUGGAAACACUGAAAGAACGACUGAGACAUCGCUGGAUUCAUCCACCCAGUGGAAGAGUGUACAAUAUGUGCUUCAAUCCUCCACGCAUCCAGGGGCUGGAUGACAUCACAGGAGAGGCACUGAUUCAGCAGGAGGACGACAGACCAGAAGCCCUGGUGGCCAGACUGAGACACUACAAAGAUGUUGCCAAACCUGUCAUAGACUUCUAUAAGGCUAAAGGCAUCCUGUACACAUUCUCGGACACAGAGACAGAUCGAAUCUGGCCCAAUAUCAACACACUUCUCAGCACAAAGAUCCCAGCCAUCCAGUCAGAUGCUCGCUGUGCUUCAACCCACUGAGGAAAUCGUCUGACAAUCUUACAUCCAAGAAAACAACACAAAUUUCCAAUCGAAUACAUUGAUUUCCAAAGAUUCCCUGCUAGUUAUUUUGUGAUCAUAGCUUGUCUGUUAAUAGUAUAGUGGUAUUUAUCAUCAUUUGCUUUCAGUUCUGCCAUUUCAGCCUUUGCUGGAAUUAUGGGUGUCAGUCAGACUAAAAUCCAGCUUAUAUUCAAUAAAGUUGUUGGUUCCUCUAUUUGAAAUGCACAAGUUCCACGUACAUGUGACUGAAUCAUAUGAAUAAUAAGUGAAGGGUAGAUUCUUAUGACUUUGUGUGUGUGUGUGUAUUUCUAGCUAGAUAUAAUUAUUUCAGAGAAGGCUUCGUAAGAUCUUCGUGGUGUUUGCCUUUCUCUGUUUCUGAUUUGUUGAGGUGUUAACGUGUUACUACACACCGAAAAGAAUGAUGUAAUUAUUUUUAAGCCCUUUUCAUGCUCUAUAAUCCAAAUAUGCCACAUUUGCCUUGAAAGUACAAUUUUUCUUUUAUUUUGAUGUGCUUUUGUGGUCACCAGGUCUUAUUUGUUGAAUUAUGUCAACAGAAUGUGUUGAAAAUGAAACUAAAUUUGUACGUAACUAUAGAAAACGGCUAUAUGUAAGUGUAUUGAGAUCAAAUAAUCUUAUAUUAGAUGUUUUUUAACACUGCCUCCUUUUUAGAUAAUACUGUUCAGUGUUGUGUUUCUAACAGACAAGUCAGUGAGAUCCUGUUUCAUAUAUUACCUGAUUAUAUCUUAAAAUCAUUUGUGAUUCAAUAACUGUUGAGUGUGUUCGGUUAAAAUUAUGAUGACAUCUCUUUUAUCCAGAAGAUUAAAGUACAGAUUUGCUAGAAACCACAGAGUAAGUUACAAUUCGAUUAUAAUUUGUCCCUACAACAAAGAUAAGCUGAAGGACCCUCUGUAGGUGUUGUAAACAUGACUUCAUGCUUAUCAACUGUGAUAUUUUUGUUCAGUUAUUUUUUGGAUAUACGUUGAUAUGCUUUCUUGCUUCUCACUCUCUCUCAUUUUCUCUUUCAGUCUCUGCCAGUUCUAUAUACCAGCCGAUAAGGGUUGGAGAAAACUCUCAAAAGCCUAUUGUUGUGCAAUACCAUAUACAAGAAAUGACAUGACUGAGCUUUCCCUUUCCCCCCAAAGAAAAUAAACUUAUUUUCUCAGAA